AUGGCUUUAUACCUAGUCCUGGUGCUGCUUGGCAUUCUGGGAAAUGCCAUGGUGAUCUUGGUGGUAGGGAACAGUAUUAUUCGGGAGCCUGGAGGGGGACGCAACUCCGACAUGAUCCUGGUCAACAUGGCCUUAUCUAACCUGCUGGUGUCGGUGAUGAGGAACACCCUGCUGGUCACCUCAGACUUUGGACUUGAGGUGUUACCCGGUAAGGACUGGUGUCAGUUCCUGAUGGGCGUGUGGGUCUGGCUGCGUUCAGCAAAUGUUUGGUCGACGCUUUUUCUGAGUGCUUUCCACUUUUACACUUUGAAAAGGAUAGGCCCUCCUACCGCUAGUCUAAACCCAUCACGUGGUCCUCCCAAAGCCCUACUAAUGUGCUUCGGUCUCAUCUGGACCCUCAAUCUCCUCUACUCGGUCCCUGCUUUUGUGUACUCUACAAAUGGAAGCAAGAACGCCAGUGAGACAUUGAUGUUAGUGACCAGUACAACCCGUCCAUUACUGGGCUGCUUGUGGGAUUUUCCCUCCAUUUACAGUGGUCUUGUAUUUGCCACCACGUCCAUGGUGAUCCAUGAGGUCAUCCCCAUCGUCCUCAUGAGCGCCACCAACCUGGGCUCGCUCCUCAUACUGUACGCACACGGAAAUGCACACAAGACCACCAGUAAGGAUCAGGAUGCUCCGGUUCUACGCAGAGUGCCGGCGGAGAGACGUGCAGCUAAGGUCAUUCUAGCCUUGAUCAUUUUGUUCAUCAUUUCCUGGGGUGCCAGUGUCAUCUCAGUGAACUACUUUAACUACAACCGUGGUGCCUCAUCUGCAUACCUGCUGGUUCUCGCACGUUUCUCCAACAGUGGUUUUAUUGCUUUGUCCCCCAUCAUACUGGCUGUGGGACACCGCAAACUCCGAGAGGUCAUAAAGUCUAUUAUCAAGUAA